AUGCCAGCUCAAGUCCCCAAAUCGCCCCCUCUCAUUUUUGGAAUACCUUCAGAGGUUCUCCAAGAAAUCCUUCUCCUUUGCCAUCCUCGCGAUGUCGCUGCCUUUUGCGGAACUUGCCAAAGUGGUGGAGACCGAGGGAUGGACCAAUACCUAUGGCGCCAGCUUUUCCUCGGUUUAUUCGAUGUCCCCCCCAACGUGGACUCCUGUCGUUGGCGAUGCGAGCUAUCCGCCCGUAUGAAAGCGGAACGAGAUGUCUGUAGAGCAGGCCGACAAGAUGCGGGACUCUCGGAGGCUGACCUGCGAGCAGCGCUGGAAACUCUUGUCAUCGUCGCUGCUCAGAUAUCAGACGCAAACGACUCGACCGACUCUUUGCCUAGUCGUAACGCGGAAUGGCUGAAUAAUGUCUUGCACAAGUCUCGCAUUCUUGAUACACCGUCAAGCCUUUCCAAGGACUGCCAAUAUGUGGACCGUUUAAGGACGUAUAUGGCCCUAUCGCUCCAUGAAAACGACGACGAGAGUAUUCGUCGCAUACGCACCCAGUCAAGAUGCUUCAUCUACGACCUGAGAAACUACCACGAAGCCAACAGCUGGGGUCCUUAUCUCGGGGACAAAAUUAACUGGACACAUCUCAACUAUGUUGUCAACGUUAUCGUGACCAAUUUGCGAGAGCAACCAGCUCUCAAUCUCCCCAUCCCACCUCAUGGACUCGCCGCUACCCGCGCCUACUCAGCUCCAGGCAGCAGAUCACCCGAAGACUGGGCCGGUGUCGAGGGAACAUGGCAUCGAUACGUCUCGUUUAUGGACUACCGUGAUUUGUUCGCCUUCAAUUUUGGUGGAAUCCUCGCCAAUCAUCGCGACCCUGCUUUCUUCGAUAACCUGCAUUUCCGGGAGGCAACACGCCUGAUCGAACUGACUCUGCAUCUCAUACCGCGCGAAGAAAUGCGGAUUAAAUUCUCCACCAACGACCCUCCCGUCGCAACACACCCAGAUUACCCGACGCUUUACUUCUCUGGAACCUCACGGGGUAUCUCCAUGCUUCAUCUCCAACCAACAGUCCAGGGGCUUGUUUAUAUGGAUCUCGAUGGUAUUCCUCGGUGGAAAUUUACGUCAAUGCAAUCAAGUACCCCGCAGUGGAGUUCCGAAGGUGUUCAACUAGGCAAACCAGGCAGUCAAAUGGGUUUGGCCGGGGUAUGGUCGGCGUUUGGACACGAUCGCGAUGAUCCAGCAGGACCCUUCUGGGCAUGGAAAGUCAGUUCAGAUUGA